UGCGUUUGUGCGUGCGUGCGUGCGUGCGUGUGUGCGUUCUGCUCCAGCUCGCAGCAUCCGCGGCAGCAAUGGCGGCGGAUCCGGUUACCGCUCCGAUCAGCUGUUGAUCAUCUGGAUUGAUUCCGUGUGUCCGAUCAUCCGCUGGAUACUACAUGCGUCCGAGCACACCCAUCAUCCGAACCGAGUCAUCAUCCCACUGACUGAAGGCGGAUUAAAGCGCGUUGAUGACGGGAAGCUGAAGCGGCGUAAUCAUGGAUGUGUUCGGCUUUCUCAAUCUAAACGAACUCGCUCUGGGGCUGUCAAACCUCUCCAUGUUCCCCUGCUUCGACAUGGCGCAUUAUAUCAUAUCAGUGAUGAGUUUGAGAGAGCAGCCAGGAGCACUGGAGGUCUCUCAGCGUAGUCCGUUUGCGUGUUGGUUCAGUUCGAUGCUGUAUUGUUUCGGUGGAGCUGUUCUCUCAGCGCUGAUGAUGGCAGACGCGCCGGUCGCACCACUGUCCAACACCACCAACCUGCUGCUCGCCUCACUCAUGUGGUAUUUAAUGUUUUUAUGUCCUAAUUAGAUUUAUUCUAGACUCGAAUGUAUUGAUAUGUGUGUGUGUGUAUGUGUUGUGACCCGUACCUGGAAGGUUCUGGGCGGAGUCACACAAGCAGGAAGGAAGUACAAAGACGGUCUGUUUGUGAUGAUCGCGGUGGGCUGGGCUAAAGGAGCCGGUGGAGGACUCUUGAGUAACUUUGAGCAGCUGGUUCGAGGCGUCUGGAAACCAGAAACCAACGAACUCCUGAAGAUGUCAUACCCGACCAAGGUGACGCUGCUGGGAUCCGUUCUGUUCUCUCUCCAUCAGUGCCGCUUUCUCCCGAUUCACACGCAUCAGCUGAUCUUCAUCUACACGCUCUUCAUCGUCACCAACAAGGUCUGUGUGUUUGACAAAAUACAGCGAUAA